ACCCGGUCCAUACAGAAGGGAACACACUCACAUGUAAACAAGAGAAAACAUGGCGUCGCCUUUGCUCAGGUGCUUCUCAAAGGUUGGUAGGCAGGUGUCCCGACCAUGGAGUGUGUGCCAACAUGGGCUGCGGAACAGAUCCACCCAACCAGACGUGUCUGCAGAGCAGGCUGCUGCUCUGGGGGUUUCCUACCCUCCACUACAGACAUAUUCUGAGGAGGAGGGGAUGAUGAGGGAUGCUGUGAACAAGUUUGCACAGGAGCGUCUUGCCCCGUUUGUGUCGAAGAUGGAUGAAAACUCUCAUAUGGACCCGGAAGUGAUAAAGUCACUCUUUGAACAGGGGCUGAUGGGCAUAGAGAUCGACCCAGAGUACGGCGGCACCGGAUCCACGUUCUUCUCCUCCAUCCUGGUCAUUGAGGAGCUGGCCAAAGUGGACGCCUCCGUGGCAGUGCUGUGUGACAUCCAGAACACCCUCAUCAACACACUGUUUACCAAGCUGGGGACCGCGGCCCAGAAAGAACGGUAUCUCAGCCGACUGUCAACAGACAUGGUUGGUAGUUUCUGCCUGUCAGAAGCAGAGUCGGGGAGCGAUGCCUUCUCUCUGAAGACGCGUGCUGACAAACACUGGGACUAUUACGUCAUCAACGGUUCCAAGAUGUGGAUCAGUAACGCAGAGCAAGCUGGUGUGUUUCUGGUGAUGGCCAACGUGGACCCGUCUGCUGGUCACAGAGGUAUCACCUGCUUCAUCGUGGACAGAGACACCGAGGGGCUUCAGAUCGGCAAGAAGGAGAACAAACUGGGUCUGAGAGCUUCUUCAACCUGUCCUCUCAACCUGGAUAACAUCAAGGUUCCUGAGAAGAACAUCUUGGGUCAGGUCGGCCACGGGUACAAGUACGCCAUCGGCAUGCUGAAUGAAGGCAGGAUUGGUAUCGCUGCUCAGAUGUUGGGAUUGGCUCAGGGUUGCUUCGACCACGCCGUUCCCUACACCAGACAGAGGGUUCAGUUUGGCAAACGCAUCUUCGACUUCCAGGCCAUGCAGCACCAGAUUGCCCAUGUAGCCACCCAGAUAGAGGCUGCCAGGUUGCUUACCUACAACGCUGCCCGGCUGAAGGAGGCAGGAAGACCUUUCAUCAAGGAGGCCUGCAUGGCCAAGUACUUCACCUCAGAGGUCGCAACGUUGACCACUUCAAAAUGCAUCGAGUGGAUGGGAGGAGUAGGCUUCACCAAAGACUACCCUAUUGAGAAAUACUACAGAGAUUGUAAAAUAGGUACCAUUUAUGAGGGAACAACCAACAUCCAGCUGUCCACCAUGGCCAAGUUUAUAGACAAGGAGUAUGACCACUGAGCUGACCUGGUCUGGCUGUUUCCUCAUCAUGUAGACUGACCUCCUCCUGACCUGGUCUGGCUGUUUCUUCAUCAUGGAGACUGACCUGACCUGGUCUGGCUGUUUCCUCAUCAUGUAGACUGACCUCCUGACCUGGUCUGGCUGUUUCCUCAUCAUGUAGACUGACCUCCUGACCUGGUCUGGCUGAAUCCUCAUCAUGGAGACUGACCUGGUCUGGCUGAAUCCUCAUCAUGUAGACUGACCUGGUCUGGCUGUUUCUUCAUCAUGGAGACUGACCUCCUGACCUGGUCUGGCUGAAUCCUCAUCAUGUAGACUGACCUCCUGGUCUGGUCUGGCUGAAUCCUCAUCAUGUAGACUGACCUCCUGGUCUGGUCUGGCUGUUUCCUCAUCAUGGAGACUGACCUGGUCUGGCUGAAUCCUCAGCAUGUAGACUGACCUGAUCUCCUGACUGUAUCCUCAGCAUGUAGACUGACCUGAUCUCCUGACUCUAUCCUCAGCAUGUAGACUGACCUGAUCUCCUGACUGUAUCCUCAGCAUGUAGACUGACCUGAUCUCCUGACUGUAUCCUCAGCAUGUAGACUGACCUGACCUGAUCUCCUGACUGUAUCCUCAGCAUGUAGACUGACCUGACCUGAUCUCCUGACUGUAUCCUCAGCAUGUAGACUGACCUGACCUGAUCUCCUGACUGUAUCCUCAGCAUGUAGACUGACCUGAUCUCCUGACUGUAUCCUCAGCAUGUUGACUGACCUGAUCUCCUGACCGUAUCCUCAGCAUGUAGACUGACCUGAUCUCCUGACUGUAUCCUCAGCAUGUUGACUGACCUGAUCUCCUGACCGUAUCCUCAGCAUGUAGACUGACCUGAUCUCCUGACUGUAUCCUCAGCAUGUAGACUGACCUGACCUGAUCUCCUGACUGUAUCCUCAGCAUGUAGACUGACCUGAUCUCCUGACUGUAUCCUCAGCAUGUAGACUGACCUGAUCUCCUGACUGUAUCCUCAGCAUGUUGACUGACCUGAUCUCCUGACCGUAUCCUCAGCAUGUAGACUGACCGUCAUACACUCCUCUUUGUGACCAAUUGGUUUUUAGGGCUCUAUUCAAUCUGAAUCGUUGGAAGUUCAUCGUUACAGCUGAUGAUUUGAACUUUUUUUUUAAAGGCAAUGUUCCCGGGUUAGUGGAGACUGCAUACACGGUAAACGCUGCAUAUUACAUUUACAUUUACAUUUAAGUCAUUUAGCAGACGCUCUUAUCCAGAGCGACUUACAAAAUGGUGCAUUCACCUUAUGAUAUCCAGUGGAACAACCACUUUACAAUA